UCAGUCCUUGCUCGCAGGAGAGAGGCCAUGGCGGCGGUGUUUUUGCCCAGCAAUCUCCAGGAUGAAGCCACUUGCUCCGUCUGCCUGGAGUUCUUCAAAGACCCCGUGUCCAUUGAGUGCGGGCACAACUUCUGCAGGGCGUGCAUCAUCAAGAGCUGGAAAGACCUAGACAUGGACUUCCCCUGCCCGCAGUGCCGAGAGGUUUUCCAAGAGAAGAGCUUCAGACCCAACCGGCAGCUGGCAAACAUGUCCGAGAUAAUCAGCCAGUUCACUCUCCGUGGGGCCAAGGGUGCAGAGGAGGACGGGCUCUGCAUGAAGCACAGGGAAGCCCUGAAACUCUACUGCAAGGAUGACCGGAAAACCAUCUGCGUGGUGUGUGACAGGUCCCGGGAACACCGGCCGCACGCUGUGGUACCUGUUGAUGAGGCAUCCGAGGAGUUCAAGGAGAAAAUCCAGGGACGCUUGGACUUCCUCAAAAAGGAGAGGCAAGAGCUGCUGGAGUUCAAAGUGAACGAUGAUAAGAAAACCCAGGAUCUCUUGAAAACCAUUGAGAACGAGCGGCAAAAGCUGCUCUUGGAGUUCGAGAGGCUGCGGCAGUUCCUGCAUGACCAGGAGCACAUCCUCCUGGGGCAGCUGGAGAAGAUGGAGAAGAACAUCGCCAAGAGGCAGAAUGAGAACAUCACUGACCUCUCCAAGGAGAUCACGCUCCUCAACAAGCUCAUCACAGAGCUGGAGGAGAAAAUCCAGCAGCCUAUGCUUGAAUUCCUCAAGGAUGUGAUGAACAUCAUAAGCAGAAGUGAUGACGUGAAGUGCCAGAAGCCUGUGCCGGUAUGCACAGAUAUGAAAAUGCACAUCUGCAAUUUCUCCCUCAAGACCGUCGUCCUUGAGAAAGUCUUAAAGAAAUUCAGAGAAAACCUGCGGGAUGAACUGGGAAGAGGUGAAAAAGAUCCAGCCUGCUCAGUUCGAGAGUCAAAAGACGAUUUUUCUAGCUGACGCCGGGGAUCUAACAGCUAAGCUAGGUCCUUUCUGCCUGUUUACACUUAACCAAACUACAGUGCGGAACAGAAAAAAACAGAUAUUUGAACCCCAAAAUGGAUUCAUGCCCUUUGCAGCCACAAUCUGCUUUAAGUCUGCCAGAUUUUCUCUGUGGUGAGGCUCCUGUCUCCACCAGGGUUUGGGAUGCAGGGUGUGAGUGCUCCAUAAUCUGCUCCAGCGCAAAGCCAGAUGCCUUAAAUUCUGCAGAAAGCUGUUGGAAUUGUGGCUGUGGGCAGGUGAUUGCUUUCAAAUUGUGCUGCGAUGGAGGAGACUUGCUCCUGGGUUGGCAAAGGAGCAAGUUCACACAAGAGGUCAUGAUUUUGCAACUGGAAAAACCAGCUGGGUUGGCCCAGAUUGACUCUUCCAAUGGUGGGUGAGUCUCUGCUUUGCUGCACCAGCAGUGGUGAGAACAGGGGAAUGCCAGUGAGCCGGGAAAGCACCACGAUGGGCUCUGCAGGGUGUCCACAGCCUGAUCCCUCUGGCUUUGCACUGUGGUGGAUGCAGGGCAUGGGCAGAUGCUGUUAAAAUCUGCCCCCGUCCUCCAGCUCCCUUGGUGUGACAGUUGGAUAGCCAUGCCCAGAGCAGCCGGAGUUACCCCAAGGAAAGUCAAGCCCUCUUUUAGAAGAGAAGACUUAUUCUUGCUUUUAAGGUGGUAGUCUUCAGCAUGGGGUUUGCAAACCCCUUGGGGAAGGCCAAGGAGAACAAGCCAUGAGUUGGAUCCUUUUUUUGGGCCAUCCAGCUUGGGUCGGACUCUGCUCAAACAUCCCCAGACACCCCUGGAAAAUGCCAAGGGGGUUGGCAAAGCAACAGAAGAAAGGCUGAAGACCAACAUUUAAAAGCAAAACAGCAAAACGACCCUCACUGCAUGUCCAUGGUGGUGUGUGUGCAUGUGUAGAGGUAUAACUUGGCUGGUGCAUUACACCAGCAAACCCUCUGAAAGCAGGUUGGGCCACAGCUGAGGCUGCAGAGAGCUGGGGGAUCAUGAAGUGAAGGGACCAGCCAAAACCUCAUGGCAGUCAUUGAAUCCCACGCCUCUGACUGCCUUAAUUCAUCUUUUACAAAAGCUUUGAAUGCUCUGAUUUUUAAUUUUUUUUUUAAUUUUUCUUUAUAUGAUGUUGCAGCUCCUGGAGUCAUAUUAUUAUUAUUUUUUUUUAAUCCAGCCAAAUCAUCAUCCGCAGCCCCUGCAGCAGAGCUGAAGUUCAAACCCAAAUCCUAAUGACUCCAGUGGCUGGAGACACAAGAGGGAGGAAGGAAAACACCUUUUGGCAUCAAGGAAAUUUCUUGCUCAUCCAAUUCUUUUCCCCUAACUUUUGCUGUUGAACACUUUGAAAGCACCUAUCUCUUGGUCUGAUGUAAUAGUGCAAAAUGCAGGAGAUGUUAUUUUAAGGCCAAUCUCCCGGUUUUGGGGAGGAACCUGGUGCUUGAGCUUUGAGGGGGAAAAGGACCUACCCUUUCCUGUGGUUGCUAUCGCUUUUCUGACCCCUAUGAAACACUGUGAAACUUUCAAUGCCAUCAGGUGUCUUUUUGGAUUUCAUAUGCAAUUUUCAGCCGCAAAUCUAUAGAUUUUGAAAGUGCAUAAAGAUCUUUAGCUAAAUGAACUCUGGUGCAGCAUCCAACACAUUUCAGCUUCUAAAGUCCCAUCUUAUAUUCCCCCAAAAGGAUCUCAUUUGAUCAUGGUGACUUUGCUGACUACAACCACAAUUUGAGGUCACUAAUGUGCUCGCUGUUUCCUUUGAGCCUGAGCUUGGAAGGGGAAAAGAUGUUAGUAUCAAACUUCAUCUACAUGCAUGUUCCAUGUGGGCUGUCCAGAUGUGAUCUGGUGUGUAAAGAUGCCCUUAGUUCAUGGCUUUCCAUGAGGGCUUGUCAUCAUGGGGUAGUCUGGGGACAGAUACUCAACAAUUUAUGAUCUCAGGGGUGUAUAUACCCCAUCUUGUAUGUUGUACAUUAGAUGAGCCAGAAACAAAAACAAGAAAAAAUUACCAAUUUGGAAAAAAGUCUCAAUCUAAGGUCCAUUUUUACUGUACAAUAAUCGCUAAUCAUUUGCAUGUGGUUUUAUUGUGUUGUUUGCUCCUAAUGUCCUUGCGUUGUUGUUACCCCAUUUCUUAGCAGCAGCAGCAUGAGUGUUGCCCUCCCAUGAAGGGAACUGGGGUGUCAGUGUGGGAGGACAGAUGAGUCCCCCCUGGUCAGGGUUUGAGAGGUGCUGCCUGGUGGCAUUGCUGAAGGAUCAUGAGGUGAUAAAAGAGCCAAAGACUACAAUGCAGUUGUAGAUCUCCCUCUAGGACAUCUUGAACCAGAUCUUGGUUCUCAUUUACUAUGAUUUGCUUUGCCGUGUUGUUCUUCACCUUUAGCUGGUGGGGCUUAAGCCCUAGUGAGGAUAUGAAAAGCUGAGGCAGAUGUUCAUCCCAUAUUUUUAACUGGGACCUGCCUCUCCCACCUCCAAGUUUCUCACACAUGUAGCUUGUCCCUCUGUGCUGGUAGAGAGAAGCAGCGUAUUUGUUAACAUUUGAAAUUACUCCUCUUAAAAUUAGCCCCAAGCCUCCAGGCUUCCUGAGGAGUCGGUGGUGAGAGGAGGCAUCUCAAGCACCUCAAAGCCAAGCCAAUGUCUGAACUUGGCUUUCCUUCAUCACAGACUUACUGAGGUUGGGAUGUGGUUCAGCAACUGAUAAAAACAUCCCCAGCUUGGGCUUUUAAUUGUUAAAAUUCUUAUUGAGUUACUGUCACUGCUGUCAUCAACAGAGGACCUGACCCUGGACCCUGAUUCAGCAAACCACCUCCUCAUCCUCUCUGCAGACCUCAAGAGCGUGAGGAUGGGCUGUAGGAAACAGGAGCUGCCUGACAACCCCAAGAGAUUUGACACAAACUCUCGGGUGCUGGCUACCACGGGUUUCAAGUCAGGAAGACAUUACUGGGAAGUGGAGGUGGGGGCCUCAGACGGUUGGGCCUUUGGGGUGGCCAAGGAGUCCGUCAGGAGGAAAGGUCUGACGCAGUUUUCCCCCGAAGAAGGGAUCUGGGCAGUUCAGCAAAAUGGAGGUCGCUACUGGGCGGUCACCUCGCCUCAACGCACCCCGCUGUGCCUCAGCCAGAAACUCAAUAAGGUCAGGGUGUACCUGGAUUAUGAAGGGGAAGAAGUGUCCUUCUACAACGCCGAUAACAUGCAGCACAUCUUCACCUUCAACGUUGCCUUCCAGGAGAAGGUGUUCCCUCUCUUUUCGGUCUGUUCCACUGUUACCUACAUCAAACUGUGCCCCUGAGGCUUCUCAUGGGCUUGGCUGAGGACGUGUCUCCAUGGUCUUCACUGGAUGAUGCCUGGACAGCAGUGAUGAGCACGAGAGACUCUCAAAUCAACUAUGUGGCCUGGUUUGUUGGUACAUAGGCAGGCAGAUAGCUGGUAGGUGGAGAUGACAGGUGGGUAAUCAGGGAAAAAUAUCACAGGAGGGUCUUAAAAUCAGCUUAAUCCAGAAAAUAGCUAUUGAAAUCAUCAGCAACCCCCCAGAAGGUUGUGGUCACCAUCUUAAACCUAUCUCUGAACCAACCCAACUCUUCAAUACCAGCAGGUAUUGCUGCCACUCUGGAAAAGGCUGAAAGGUGCUUUUUUUUUUUUUUGGGGGGGGGGGGGGUGGUGAAGAAAUAAAUGUCAAUGUUACUCAGGUGUGUUUGUCCUACUGGAUGUGAGCAAGACCCAUGUUUCUGAAUUUUGGUGCUCCUGUGUAACUCCUCCUGAGGUCCCCUCUAUGUAGAAGAUGUUUUCAAAAUAACCCCUUGAGGUUAUCCUGCUUUGCCCACAGUAACGUAGACUUUGGGUGCUGAAUCUUGUAUUUCCUCAGGCUCUCUUUACUGCUCGGUGCUCAGCAAAAUCACCCAUUUACCUUCAUCUUCUGUUUUCUCCUUCUGGAAAUCCUCACUCUUUGCCAAGACAGCAGAUAUUCAUUGUGCAGCUUGCGUUGUCCACUGUCGCUUUUGCCAAAACAAAAAAUGAGUGUACUAUUGUCUGAAGUGAUGAAAAAUAUGGUUUCUUGUUUUGGGGCAUUGUUGGUUGGCGCUUUAACCUUUUCUAGUAAACAUACUAUACCUCUUUAGGAAAUACAGGGGCAGGGGAAGGCUUUUUUAAAUCAAGAACAACAUUUCGUGGCCAGUUCUAAGAUAAGAAAAAGAUGUUUCUGUGCGCAGCUGAUCUUCAUAUGUACUUUAAACAUACUGGCAAAACCCUGGUCAACUCCAAUGCCAAGAAAUUGUGGGUUGCACAAGUGCAUUUCCUAUGUUUUAGGGGUUUUAACCCCUCCUCUGCAGUAAAUCCAUGUCACAGCAGCAGAAUAAAAUGAAAAUGCUGUAAUUCUCUCCCAGGGCACACAGAUCAUGUAUGUGCAGAAAGUAGUUGCCCUAAACACCUUCAAUUGCUUGUGCUCUUUGUUGUGAAGAUGUGUGGUCUAUCAAAGGCCACCUGACUUGUGCAAAAGGUAACAUCAAAACUCAAACAGACCAGAAGUGAAUGCAACAUCUUGAUGUUGCUAACUUGGUGAAGAGGUGCUUUUUUCCCAGGUUUACAGGUUUUUUUUCCCAUGCAUUGUUGAAGGCUUUCUUGGUGCACAGCUGAGCCUUUAGCUUGUGUCCCAAAUAAUGGAAAUCUGGCCAGCAGCUGCUGGAGAUGAAGCACAAUCCAUCUCCUACAUCUUCUAUGAGGUGUAUUAAUGCAGGAUCAGGUGAAUUUAAGAUGCCAUUAGUCAUAAAAAGAGCUGGGGGUGACUGGUUUAGGCAUGAACAUCUCCAUUUUCAGCUGGUAGGUUGUUUCCUACCCUGAGAAUCUACUUUUUUUUUUUUUUUUUUAAAUGAGUUUGGCUUUAAAUCCACGUUAUUUAAAGCUGCAGCAACUCUUAUAAAGGUCAAGCUGUGAACAGGUGAGCAAAAUGCCUGAAUUUUCUAAGGCCCAUCCGUUGCUGAAGCUAUGCCACUGUAUGUCAUAUAAAUAAAUAAAAAUCCCAAGAAUAAGAAAGGCAUUAGCAGGAGACACAGUAUUUCUUAUGUUGUGACUUGGUGUUCAUCUUGCGAGAAAAUGCUAUUUCUGCAAAGCAUGGGAAGCAAAAAAACAUUGCCCGAGUGGAAUUGAAACCUCCCAGAUUGUUGCUAGCCCACGUGCUGGAAAUAAAAUGUGAAGGUGCUACCUGA